GCGCGUCACAGUUCGUUCGUCGGCCACUGACUAUUUUGGUGGCAGCCCAGAGCUAGGAAGUUGGAGUGGUUUUGUUUUUUAUUUUCUUUUUUAUCCCAGAACACAUCACAUACGACUGGACUGUGAGGGGAGAUCCUCUCCAAGUGUACAGCUUCAAAGGGGUGUCCCAAGGGAUUUGUUACUGUAGACUCAAGUGGCGGUUGUGACUUUCAGGGCAGGGCUGGUGCCGUGCCGCAGCAGCUGAAAGAGGAAGAGAGGCAGUUGAAUUUCAGCUGCUGGCUUGUUGUGUCAUUGAAACGGACAAGAUGGAACAUCUUCAGGCAGUCAGCAGAUAUCAAGUGUUGCAUAAUGAAGAUGACCCCUCCGAACAGCCAUGCAGUUCUACACAGACUGUCCCGGCCUCAGAACCUGCAUCACUUCCUGAGGAAGAUUCAUCUCCACCACCAUACAGCAGUAUUUCUGUGGGAGCAGCUGCAACAGAAGCAGAACUUCAGAAUGAAUUAUAUCCUGUGCCACCUCCAUACAGUGUUGCCACCACCUUGCCAACAUAUGAUGAAGCAGAGAAAGCAAAGGCUGCAGCAAUGGCUGCUGCUGCUGCCGCUGCAGCUGAAAGUGCUCCACGACUUAGGGAAUCUAGAAGUCUGUUUGAUGAAAUAUUCCUCAGUCUACCAGAGGAAGAAGAAUAUCCACCAAGAGAUGACUUCAGUGAUGCAGACCAGCUCAGAGUAGGCAAUGAUGGCAUCUUUAUGUUGGCCUUUUUCAUGUCAUUUAUUUUUAACUGGAUUGGGUUUUGUCUUUCCUUCUGUAUAACCAACACCAUAGCUGGAAGAUAUGGUGCAAUUUGUGGAUUUGGACUUUCCUUGAUAAAAUGGAUUCUUAUUGUUCGGUUUUCAGACUACUUUACUGGGUAUUUCAAUGGACAGUAUUGGCUGUGGUGGAUAUUCCUUGUUCUUGGUCUCCUCCUGUUUUUUAGAGGAUUUGUAAACUAUAUGAAAGUGAGAAACAUGUCAGAUAGUACAGCAGCUGCUCACAGGGCAAGAUUUUUCUUCCUUUACUGAAGUGAGCAGACAUUCCUUCUCAGUUUGAAUAAACAGCUUGAAGAUUCAACAAGUACCAUAAAGUUGGAUGUAGGACUGCUAACAAAGUGAGGAAGAGGUGGAUAAAAUAAUUUAAUCUCCAAAUUGAAGUGUACACAAUAAAUAAUAAUUGUCCCCCCUUGCAUUAAUGUAUGCCAAGUUCCAUGGCUGCAGUCUAGUUUAAUAUGCACACAGAAAAAGUUACUGUUUGUAAAUCAACAUUAACAGUACCAAAUACAUACAAAAGCAUUUAAAAGUCAAAACAAAUUGAUAAAUCUGCACUGAAAGUGUGCAAUUUUAUUUUCAAGCACUCCUAUAAGGAGUAGUUAAGAGCUGUUUGGCAGCUAAUUGCCAAUGAAUCAUAUGUUGGGAAAAUAGAAGAGCUUGUGUUGUGUUUAAAAUUUUCGCAGAUUUCUUUAAUUGGUUUGCUUGAUGAUUGCUUUUUACUAUCUAACAAAUCUAAGGAAUGUAAAGCAGGAAAGCUGUAAAUGUUAUUACCAGUUUGUAUAACGAUUGAUGCACUUUUGAUCUCAGCUCAUGUUUUAGGCACAUAUUACAGGUUGAAACCUCAUCUGGAAUCUUCAGCCUUCUCUUUCCAGACAUCUGCAGCUAUUGAGUUGGGAUAAUGUUGGAAUUUCAGUAUUGAGAGGUGGCCGCAAUUGUAGUGUGCCACAGCUAUGAAACGUCUUACCUAGCAGUUAGAACUUCUUUGCAGCUUUUUCUACUUUAGACAUAAUAUAGGCUGCAUCUUCCAAAAGGGUGUUUUAUAUGGAUUUCAGCAUAGUUUUAGUCAUAGUUCUGAGGAAAUAAUCUUUUUUUAUAUACAUAGUGGUAUUUUAUAAAGUUCCAUAUUUCAUUUGCAGUGCUGUCAGGCCUUUCUACGUGUGAACAAGGUUAAUGUCUUUUUCUUAGCAAGAAAGCUUAUUUUAAGAUUGGUUUUGCUUAAAAUUGUUUUUGUUUUUAGCAAUUGCAUGUUGUAUAAGAAUUCACAAUGAAUUUCAUCUCUUGAUAAAUAAAACUGUACUUUUAUAGAUUGCACCAAAACUGGAAUCUGUCAGGUAUUGAAGACUGCAUAUCACAAUAGAAGUGGCAUAUGCACCUUGGCAGAAUGCAUUUUUUGUUAAAUAUUUAUAUUUUUUUAUUCAUUAAAAAUGGUAUGUAGACUGAUGCCUUCUGUACUUUUGAGUGGUUGAAGUCACAGAGGAUAUUUCAUAAAAAUAAAAUAUCAUUAAACUUUCAAAUGACCUUAGGAGCUUUUGCUCCUUUUCAGAAAUGAUAGCUCCAUGUUUUAAGUAACAUUGCCAUGCCCAUUUGUCUUUUACUACAGUGAAUAUGAAGAACUGUUAACAUUUUUGAAAUGGGUUUCUCUUUACUGUGGGUAGCCUUACUUUCAUAUACUUUUCUUUAAUGCUUAUUAUGACAUCAUAUUUCUCAGCUGACUAUCUCAAUGAUGAAAGCAAAUAAAAUAUUGGAAUGUUUCUCUCUUA